AUGAACAAUAACGAAAGACCUCUUUAUAUGACUGAUUAGCAGCAUGUAUCUAUUAAAAAUAACUUAUACCAUGCUAUUAAAAGAAAUGAUUUAGAAAAAGUUAGGAAAAUGAUAAGGUUAUUUUAGAUUGAACCAGGAGAGGAGAUAUCUACAUUCGGCAAUUAAUGGACUCCUAUUCAUUAUGCUAUUUUCUUUAAAUCAUCUAAAAUAUUAGAGUUUUUGAUUUAGUUAACUUAUUUAAAAAAUAAAAAUAACAUAGAAAAAUAUAUUUAAAUAAUGAAUAUGCCAACAAAAUCUGGACAUAGUCCUCUUAUGGUUGGAGCAGUUUAUGAUACUGUUGAUUGCCUGAAAAUUUUAUUUCAAUAUGGUGGUUUAUAACUGUUUAAAAAGGAUUGCUCAGCUAUGGAUUGCAUAAAACUAGCAAUAAAGUAUGAUUCUAAAGAUGCAAAUGACUUUAUACAAGAUAAAAUUGCUUAAAAUAAUUUUUAAGAAUUUUUAGAGGUAAAUCUAGAUGCUUUCAAGUAGGUUCCUGAUCUAAAAACACUUUUGCAUUAACGUUACGAAGUUUAAAUGCCUGAAGAAUUAGUUCUAUAAAAUAGAGAUAUUUUACUUUAUGGUGAACCAAUUAGUUGCAUUAUAUGUCUUUAAAAUACUGGGUUUCUUAAAUAUUCAAAUUGCUGUGGAUAACCCCUUCAUCAGCAUUGUCAUGCAGAAAAAAUAAUACAGUGUCCUCUUUGUAAAUCAAAUAAUUUCUACUUAAUAUCAGAAGUUUUACAUCCAAACAGAGCUUUCACAUUCAACCCAAACUCAGAUUACAUCAAAGUUUAGUAAGACAACACCUAAAAUAAGCAAGAAAAUAAUUUGUAAUAAACUUAAUUAAAUAGUCAAUAGAAUGGAUUAAUAUAGCAUUUAACUAAUCCAUAGUAAGAUGAAAAUAGUGAAAAUUAAUAAUUAUAGUUAAAAGAGAAUAUUAAUUGUAAAUUAAAUACUGUUAAUAAAGAUGAAUCAUCCAAUAAUAUUAAUAAAGAUGAAUCAUCAAAUAGUAUUAAUAAAGAUGAAUCAUCCAAUAAUCUUGAUAAAGAUGAAUCAGGUUAAGCAUGUAAUAUUAUUAACAAAGAAAAUCAAAUCAACAAUAAAAAUUAAUGA